AUGUGGAAACAAAAAAAAGAUAAAAAGCAGUUAGAAAAAAUUAAUCUAACUUCUGAAGAAUGGUUAUUUAUCGAAGAAGUUAUACCAGUUCUAGAAGAAAAUUUCAAGUACCAUAUAACAAGCUUAUCUGUAAGAAAGGAAAGUGAGCUCUUACAAAAAAGAUUAAAAACAAAAUUAUAUAGUGAAAGCUUGUUUGGUGAAAGUUCAUUUGAUUCUUGUGGUUCUGGUAAUGGUGACAAAAUUGAUAGAUAUUUGGUAUUACAAGAAAUUUCUAAAGAUCAAAAUGCUCAAACUUGGUAG